AUGAAAGAAGAAAUGCAUGCUUUGCACACUAACGAUACAUGGUCUGCUGUUCCUUGGCCUAAAUCCUCAAAUAUUGUUGGUUCUAAUUGGGUCUUCCACACCAAAUGUCAUUCUGAUGGGUCUGUGGAUCUUCUAAAGGCUCAGUUAGUUGCUCAAGGUUUUACUCAAGUUACUUAUAAUGUAAAUGUUUUAUUCUUAAGUCAAGAAAAAUAUGAUCAUGAUGUUUUAGUUCGUGCUGGCUUGCUUGAUUCCAAACCUAUUGCUACUCCCUUAUCCACUACUGAUUAUCUAUCUAGCUCUUGCACUCCAUUAUCAGAUCAAACCACCUAUCGAUGUCUUGUCAACGCUCUCCAAUAUCUCACCAUCACCAGGUUCGAUCUCUUGUAUGUUGUCAAUCAAGUUAGUCAAUUCCCACAUGUGCCCACUACUGAUCACUUUCAGGCACUAAAAAGGAUCUUGCGUUAUGUCAAAGGGAUGAUAUCUUUUGGACUUUCCUUCACCCAUUCUUCCUUUCCAUCCAUACUUGGCUACUCUGAUACUGAUUGGGCUCGUUGUCUUGAGACUCGAAGAUCUACUUAUGGAUAUUCUAUUUUUCUUGAUGGUAAUCUUAUCUCUUGGAGUGCUAAGAAACAACCUACUGUCUCUCGUUCAAGUUGUGAAUCUGAAUAUCGUUCAAUGGCCAACACAAUUGUUAAAAUUGUUUGGGUCACUCAUCUAUUAAGAGAGCAUCAUGUCGUACCUCCAGAUAGACCUACUCUUCUAUGUGAUAACCAGAGUGUGAUCUUUCUCAGCUAA